GUGGUGUGAGCUUUGCUCCGCAGACGCUGGCACUGGCUCACCAAGCGCUGGACGAUGAGCCAACGGUUUGUCCGCUUGGCAGACUCACGGCAUGCUGGGCUCUCCACACUGCUGGGGUGCAUGCAUGCCGCCGGACAACGGAGGAGCUGCCUCUUCUUGCAGCCAUUGCUAGCAGAUGGCCACUACUUCGAUUCCUUGCCCAUGUUCGACGUACAAGCUGGGUUCGACCUGUCGGAGGGAUCUUCUCAUGCGAAUCGAUGUUUCAUCCCUCCAUCGACUGGGACAGCUGGCACGCCACUGUCGAGGCCGUCGAGAUGGAAGAUUUCGAGGAGGACAAAAUGGAAACCCUUGGCGGGGAUGCCGUGGACAAAGCUGGUGAAGAGGCAGGCGGCAUCGUUUGGAAGUACUCGUCCGAUGCGGAGUAUGAGGGAACCACCAUAAGCAGCUUCACAAAGCUCUGUCUGCAUGGCGUGAAGGCGGCCUUCGUCCUCCGGGCCUCGGGUUUGGUCAUGGGCGACUUGGAUGUGUUCAAGAUGGUAGAGGCCGCGCUUGGCAUCGUGGGCGGUGACAACAGGAUCGAAGACCUCCUGAAUUCAAGGUGGCCUCUGCUCGCUUUGCUGCACCGGUUUUCCUGCAUGAAGAGAAGGUGGGAUGACUUGGCAUUUGCGCCGACCGAUCUCCUGCUCAACUCCGUCUCUCCCGUAGCGACGCGAGUGGCGCAGCUUCUCUCCAUGGGCUACCCAGGACCUGUCUUGGUGGCCUUUGUUUCCGCUGCGCGGGCAAAGUACCUGCCAGACUUUAUGUUGCAUGCAGAGCGUCUUGGUAUUUGGAGGCGGACGUUGGUCCUGCCGCAAAACGCUGACAUUUUGCAAGACUGCUCAAGUUUGAUGGACGCAUGCCUUCCAGUUUUGUCAGUUUUUCCAGAGCUGUCAAAAUACACCCUUCUCGCAUUUGCUGCCAAGCUGGGCGUCAGCGUUCUGUUCGCUGACCUGGACAUGUACUGGGCACAAAAUCCCUUUCCACUGCUGCCAAGACAUGAUGACUUGGAUGCUGCAGAUGUUUACGUCGCCACCGAGUUCUAUUCAAACCAAACUCGCCCAAGCGUGAUGCUGGUGCAGGCGAAUGCGAGGAGUCACCGCACCUUUGCGAAUCUCGCCAUCUGGUUGCUGAGAUUUCCUUUUCUGGGUGCAGAUAGCGGCAUUCGGCAUCUGCUGGAGCCCGAUCGACCAGGCUACGUUCCGUCUGUGUCAUUCCUGCGGCCUGAUGAUCCACCCGAGCAUGGGAAGCUUCAGCUGGGCGUUUUCGAUUCGGAGAACCAGUUCGUGACAUGGGAUGGUUGGUAUGGAAGCGUGGAUUCCGUGGUGGCGCUUGAACUGGGGAGUGCGUAUCCUGACCAGUCGAAACUCCAACUGCUGGAUGCUUUGUACACGUCAACUGGCGAUCAACAAGCGCAAGCGAGUCGGCUUUUGCUGACUGUGCAAAGGCCAAUGACGCCAAAGCGCCCGAUGGAGAUCAUGCAAGACACCGUGGAUGGGCCACGCCAGCUGGCGUUGGAACCAGAUGUGAGAAUUGUGCACGUAAACUUUGCCGAUGGCUGCUGCGAGACGGAGCAGGCGAAGUCAUCAAGAACGGCGCUGGAAUUUGGGGCCAAUGAGUCGCGACCAUUGAGAGGGGACUUUCUUACUGCAGACUUCCGUGAGCGCAACGCCCAUUUGCUCAAAUGGGUGCGUGGCCACGACCUCACCUCGGGAAAGACCCCCUCAGGCAAGGUUGGCUAUUAUGUUUGGAAGCCCUUUGUCGUACUGGAGACCUUGAAGGACCCGUCGAUUGAGUGGAAUGACAUUGUGCUAUGGACAGAUGCUGGCGUGCACUUCAUCAGGGAGUUGAGGCCAUUAGUUGAGCGCUACUUGGCGAGUUCUGACAUAUCGGCAACACAGACACCCAUGAUGGAAGGCGACGUGACCAAACGCGAUGCCUUCAUCCUGCUCGAUGCGGACCAUGACAGCAUCGUCCGAACCAGCCAGAUCGCUACAGGAAUCAUCCUGGUCCGGAAGACGCCGUUGGCGAUGCGCUUCAUGGAGAACUGGUUGAGCGCCUGCGAGGACGAGCGGAUCAUCACCGAAACACCAUCGGCACUUGGAGUUCCGGACUACCCGAACUUCAGACACCACAAUGACGAUCAAUCUGCCUUUUCCCUGUUGUUCAAGAAAUACGGCUUCCACCCAUUUUUGCAAGCAGAGCGUGACCUCUACGUGGUCGCUGCUCGCAACACUGCCAAAUUUGUGGCGGCCUCGGAUGCCUUCGCGCUGGGAAAGAGCUGCUCUCAGGAUGAGUAUCUUUCUGCCGCGAAUGCCGCUGCCGAGAGCACCUGA